AUGCCCAGCAGAGCAACUCGUGACGAACACAAGAAACGAAGGUGGAAGCCAGAAGAAGAUCUCGCCCGAGCGAAGAAGAACAUCGAUGACCUACUGAAGGAGAUCAAACAUACCGAGAAGAAAAUUAAUAAACUCACCGAAUCGAAGGAGAAGAUUCAAGACCAGAACAAAUGGCUCAAGAGUGGCAUCCUAGAGGAAGGGAAAAAUGCAUCGCGGGUCAGGCUAGAGAGUGGGACUCUCCGACUACAGGAGUGCCAAACGUAUAAUGCUGAGCAGAAGCUAAGGUUGAAUGAGCUCAAGCGAAGUAAUAUGGAGUUGGAAGCGUGGAAAAAGGAAUGGGAGGCUUGGAGAGAAGAUAUCGAGGAGGAAUACCGUCGGAGAGCAGUCUUUGAAGCAAGGAUAAGGAAGGCAAGGCCACAAAGCUAUGAGAACUAG